AUGAGUAAUAAUAACGAUGGAAAUGUGAGCGAAGAAAAUGAAAAUUAUCUCUCAAACGCUUUGAAAGAACUUUUACAAAAAUUUUCUUCGAUUAAAAAUCCUGGCGGGGAAGAUGAACAUUUACAAGAAUGUAUUCAGAGCUGGCUCUCUCAACAUAGGAAAUACACAAAAAUUCAAGUCAUUGAGCAACUAGAACGAAUCGCUCAUAAAAAUAAUGAUUAUGCAUGUCUACUAGGAUUCUUUUAUCAUAAACCUUUCGUGCCGAAAUGGGUGACGAAUUGGGAAUGUGUAAUUUGGCAAGUGUACUUUUACAUGGUAUGGGGACGAAUAUUGACAUCCAUCAGGCUUUGA